AUGCCUCUUUGGUCUUUGUCCCACCUCGCUGCCGCCCGUAGUCUGUUCAGUCCCACAGGACUCGGGGCCGUCCGCACGGCCACGAAGCGUGCUGGGGGCACCGUGUCGAACCAUGGUGGGUCUCCGGGGAAGCGGCUAGGCGUCAAAAAGUUUUCAGAUGAAUACGUCGUGCCCGGUAACAUCCUCAUCCGACAGCGGGGCACUCAGUUCCACCCUGGCCAACACGUGGGAAUGGGACGUGACCACACCCUCUUUGCAUUGGUCCCAGGCUACGUGCGGUUCUACAAAGAAUCCCGGAUGCGAGGUGACCGCAAAUAUAUUGGCAUCGUGCUCAACAAGGGCGAGAAACUCCCGCGGGACGAAGCUGCCCACGGUCGCAGUCGAUACUUUGGAUUUGUGGAUCUGAAUCCUUCAACUGAUGUACAAACAUCACAAACUGCUUGA